UAAAUUAAUGUAGUACUUGACAAAUAAAAAGGAAAUUUAUUUUUUCUUGUACUUGUAAAUAAAUUGUAAAAGGAAAAGAGGCAUAAAGGGGGGAGCAUCGAAGAUAUUCCGCUACGGCACGCGAGAAUCACGUGACAUCGAUCCUUGAAAUUCACAGCCGCUGUCCGUCAUCAAACAAACUCUAAUACAAAAAAAUCAUCGGAGCAAUCAAAAUCAGGAGGGGAAGAAAAUGGGAGUAGAGAAGGAAGUGAUCAGAGCUGGAAAUGGACCCAAACCACAACCUGGUCAGACUGUCACUGUCCACUGCACUGGUUACGGGAAAGAUAGAGACCUGAGUCAAAAGUUUUGGAGCACUAAGGAUCCAGGGCAGCAGCCUUUCUCUUUCAUGAUCGGCCAAGGAAAAGUUAUCAAAGGAUGGGAUGAAGGAGUACUGGGCAUGCAAUUGGGAGAAGUUGCUCGGCUAACAUGCACUCCUGAUUAUGCUUAUGGUGCUGGUGGAUUUCCAGCAUGGGGUAUUCAGCCCAACUCAGUUCUGGUUUUUGAGAUUGAAGUCCUGAGUGCACAGUGAGCUUUUUCCCAGUAUCUGGGCAAUUCCCAUGGAGCUGUUUCACUCUACUUACUAGACAGUGGUGAUGAUUAGACAUAAUAUUACGGCACUUGCUAAGACAGCUUGUGGGUAUCUUUUACUGCCUAUGUACUCUUUGCAUUAUGCAACUUAUUGGAACAGGUUGAGGCAAUAAUAAAUGCUUUCUAGCUUUUCCCUCGA